AUGGCGGGAGAUGCCCGCGCCGAGCGCAAGGACAAAAUCAAAAAAUGGCUGCAGACGGUGAUCGACCGGCUGACGAAGGACUGGAAGCCGGUGCUGUGCCAGUCGCUGUUCACCGAGACCGAGCUGAUCGAGCUGUGCUACCGAGCCCGGGAGACGUUCUGGUCCCAGAAAUGUCUGAUCGAGGUGAAUGCCCCGGUGAACAUUUGCGGCGACGUGCACGGCCAGUUCGAAGACCUGCUCGCGUUGUUCGCGCUCAACGGCUUCCCGCCCGACAAGCACUACCUCUUCCUUGGCGACUACGUCGAUCGGGGCCCGUACUCGUUGGAGGUGAUGGUGCUGCUCUUUGCCUACAAGGUACUCUACCCGAAAGAGGUGACGCUCCUGCGCGGAAAUCACGAGUCACGCCCGGUGAAUAUGCAGUACGGCUUCUACCUUGAAGUCAAAAAGAGAUACUCGGUGAACCUCUACGAGUGCUUCCAGUACGCCUUCUACUGCAUGCCCUUCUGCGCGCUCGUCGACAAGCGCAUCCUUUGCAUGCAUGGCGGCAUCUCCGAAGAGCUCCAGGAUUUUAAUCAGCUGGAAAAGAUCGAGCGGCCAUGCGAUAUCCCGGAUCUGGGCAUCAUUGCCGACCUGACAUGGGCCGAUCCGGAGCCGACGAUCCAGGGCUACGAAGAGUCGCCCCGCGGCGCUGCUCGCAUCUUUGGCGCGCAGGCCUUGAAGACGUUCUGCCAGACGCACGGCAUCGACCUCGUCGUUCGCGCGCACCAGGUCGUCCAGGAUGGGUACGAAUUCUUUGCUGACCGGCAUCUCGUCACCAUCUUCUCCGCUCCAUAUUAUUGUGGCCAGUUCGACAACGCCGCCUGCGUGCUCAGCGUCUCCAAAGACUUGGUGCUGCUGCUCUUUAGUACCCUCAAUACGCGAACUAACUUUCAGGAGAUCGCCUUCUCGAUCCAUCGCCCCAACCCGAAGGGAGCUGCGAAGGGC